UAUAUUGAAUCACAUGUUUAAACAUAUUGUCGAUCAAAAUGUUUCAAAUAAGACCACAAUUGAUAUCUUAUUGUCGUCUAAGACAUUGCUGGCAGACAUCACACACAAGAUUCAUGUCGUCGUUAGUUAACAACAAACGAAUUACUCGUCUGUCAAGUGAUGUCGAAGUGAAACCCGAAGAGUUAGCAAUCGAUGGCAAUGAGUCACUGUUGAAGACACGAGUGGUAAACAGAAAUCCAAGAAAUUUGGAACAAUUGCUUCUUCAGUAUAAACCACUGGGAUUUGAGUUGGAUUUACCAGAGAAGACAUAUUAUAAUAAGAUUUCUUUUGAAGUGAUUGGCAAACAUUUGAUGGCAAAGAUUGUCCACAACUCUGGAAGGGUUAUAGUCAGUGCGUCCACUAAAGAGGCUGCCAUUAAACAACAGCUAAAGAGUUCUGGUGGUAUAACUGCUGCCUCUGCUUUGGGUCACAUAUUAGCGAUGAGAGCUCUGGAGAGUGGUAUCCAUCAGGUGUUUGUCAGUACUCAACACGAGUCCGACAAAUCAAUUAAAGUCAAAGCCUUUAUUAAAUCUCUUAAAGAUAACGGUUUGGUAUUAGAAGAACAACCAUUUAUUUUUUAUCGCAAACAUAGAGACCUUUAAUUAAUAAUAUAAAUUUAUUUUUAAACAUUACCUAACAUUUAU